GUUUGGCACGGACGAUCUACUCAUUUGAAAAAGCUAGCCUUACACGCAUUUUCAUUCACAUGAUCGUCGACGUUCUAGACGGUAAGCACAAGGCUACAUCUUGGACAGAUUGCUACAACAACAUGCAGAAGAAUUUUCUAAAAAUAGUUUUGUACCUAGAAAAUCGAACUUCAUUGUAAACAACGAAAACACAAGUAGACAGUGAAUUCGAACUUGCAGAUACUCGACUGCUACAGAGAGCAAAGUACUCAUCGUCACAAGUUCCAGCUUUGAAGAAAGUCGUGUUUUCCAAAAAUUCCACUGGUACCGAAACAUCUGACUAAUCACUGGGACAGAUUGGUUAAAAUUCUGACAUCUCGGAUCCAUUUCGCAAGAUGGAGGCAGGGGUGCGUGUGGUGCGUGGUCCUGACUGGAAUUUGGGUGAUGAAGAUGGAGGUGAAGGUCACGUUGGAACGGUUACGGGACAGGUCGGUGAUGACAGUGUCAAGGUCGUGUGGGAUGGGGGACAGGUCAGCACGUGCCGCGGGGGAUUGAAGAAAGGAACCCACGACCUCCGAGUCCUGGAUAAUGGCACAGUGGGCAUUAGACAUCUUCAUACCAUUUGUCAAGAAUGUAAAGAAUCAGGAAUACAAGGCAUACGAUGGAAAUGUGCAGAGUGUGAUAAUAUUGAUCUCUGCUCAUUGUGCUACUUCAAAGACUGCCACAACUGCAGCCAUCACUUCUGGAGAAUUGAAACACCUGACUCACCCCACAAGAAAGUAGAGCAACGCUUAAAGAGCAUGAAGAUAAAGGUGUUGGGAAUCUUCCCUGGUGCCUCAGUGGUGCGAGGGACCCAUUGGGAGUGGGGAGACCAAGAUGGUGGCAAAGGCAACACUGGGCAAGUCAUGGAAGUCUUAACUACAAGGAGCCUAAUCCAGGUGGAGUGGGAAAAUGGCUCUCGAAAUGUCUAUCGAUUGGGCUACAAAGGCAAAGUAGACUUGCAGUAUGAAGAGGAAGCACCUGGGAUGGAAUGCUAUCUUCAACAUCUUCCCUUUUUCAAGUUAACAAAGUACUGCAGAUUGAAGGAAGAUGAGGAAUGUGAGGUGGACAACAUUGCAGAGGGUGACACAGUCUGUAUCUGUGUGGGAAGAGAAAAACUGGAGCAGCUUCAGAAAUCUCGAAGCGGCUGGGUUGUUGGCAUGUCAGAGUAUAUUGGAAAGACUGGUAAAGUUAAAGGUUUUGCACCAAAUGGAGAUGCUAUCGUUGUCUUUGGCAGCAAGAAGUACAGACUUUUCCCCAGAGUUUUAAAGAAGGUUUCAAAAAUAUCUGUUGGAGACAGAGUACGUAUUCUUCAUGAUUUCGAGAAAUUUCAUCUGCUGCAGAAUGGUCGUCACUGCAAUCCAGUAAUGCAUAAUACUCUUGGAAAAGUUGGUGAGGUGACCAAAGUGCUUGAAGGUGACGAGGGUUUGGUUAUUACAUUUAAGGAAUGCCAGGGGGUGUACAACCCAGCAUGCUGCACUCUGGCACCAGGUGAACAAAUUGACAGCAUUACCAUCUCCCAUGGGGAUAACAACAGUGGAAUUUCACUGGGCUGUGGAAGCAGUUUACAUGUACUUUUAAUGGCCAUUACAAACCAUGAUGAGAAGUUUGCCCUAGAAAUCCUGAAGAAGGACCCAAAGCUUGCAACAGCACGGAUACAAGGAGAAACACCUCUACAUUUUGCAGCCAGCUGUGGAUUGUUAUCUAUUGCACAAGCAUUGGUAGCAGCAGGAGCGAACAUAAAUGAGCAGAACAGUGAUGGUAACAUCCCUCUAUAUCUCAGCAUGUCCAAUGCUGAAGUUGCUGAAUUUCUCAUUAAGCAAGGGUGUGAUGUCACCAUAGCCAACAAGACUGGUCAGACUGCAAGUCAUUUGGCAGCCACUAAAGGUUGUGUUCCCAUACUGAAUCUUUUGUUAAGCAAAGGAGCAGAUUUUAAUUCUCAGGACAGUAAUGGUGAUACACCACUUCAUAGUGCCAUCUUUAAUAGUCAAAUAUCUGCAGCAGAGGUAAUAAUUUCCUGGCCGCAGCUAGACAUACAUCGUAAAAAUAAGGAAGGCUUUGCUCCACUUCAUUAUGCAGCAUUCAAAGGACAGUCUGCAAUUGUGGAACUGCUGUUGAAACGGGACAAAACAAUAGUUGACACGCAAAGAGAUGAUGGUUGUACAGCACUUCAUGUUUCUGCUGCCGAAGAUCAUCAUGAAGUCAUGAAAGUCUUGACAGAAGGGGGUGGAGCCAAGGUUGACAGAAAGAACAGCAAAAGCCAAACAUCACUUCAUCUGGCAUGCCAGAAGUGUAAUUUAGACUGUGUCCGGCUGCUCAUUAAGAAAGGAGCAGGCACAAACAGCAAAGAUGACAAGGGCAAUACACCUCUACACCUGGCUGUUUUAGCAGCUCCAAAGGAAAACGAGCUCAUGCUUAUGGCGCUGAUUGGGCAGUCUCCAAAGAAAAAAGAAGAUCAGUGUGUUCAGAUAACACACUUCCUGCUUCAAAAUGGUGCAGACAUCUCCAUCCAAAAUAAUGAUGGUGCUACACCACUUGACCUCUGCAAAAAUGACAGGAUCAAGAGUACUGUGGAGAGAUUAAUUAGAGAUAGUUCAAAACAUGAAAGUAAAUUCCCUGAAGUCCCAAGCUGUACAAAAGCCAGCAGUGCACCUGAUAAAUGUGCCAGGUGUCUGGGAAAUGAACCAGAGAUUUUAUUUGUGCCAUGGGGUCAUGUGGUCAUCGAGUGGUUUGCAGGUCUUGUUGCAACAAUUUGCACUUAUGUCAGCAAUGUAGUUUUCCCAUCAUAAUAAUGUUUGACACAGGUGAGAAAAGUUGAAUCCAAAGAAGGGGGUAGAUAGAGGGAAAGACAACAGAAAAUAAUUUGAGGUAUUUUAUAUCUAUGGUAUAUUAUCCAACAAUCAUUACAUCAUUGUUUUCUGUGUGCAUAUACAAGAUUAAAAAACAGAUAUAAGAUUAGCCCUAUCCCAGUAUGCUCGCUUUUGAAGCAAAAGCUAGGUUGCAGAUAUUUUGAAGUCGCCAGCAUUACCAUGUAGAACUAGCUAGAUCAGGCCAGAGCUGGAGAUGUUAUGAAUAAGAAAGAUGUAUGAAGUAGAUACUGAUUUAACAGAUCAUGAAACAUUAAAGCUACAAAAAUAGUGAAAUAAUUAAAAUCCAACUGUUCCAAGAUACCAGCACUAAAAUAAAUUGAAGCUAUCUUUUGUGUUUUAAAUAAUUUUUUUUAUGGUUUUUUUGUUUCAUUGGUUUUGUUUCCGAUUGGGAGGAUGUUAAAGAUGCAAAAUAAGUUUAAGAACAUGAGCACAAAGUUUCAGCUUUAUCAUCCAAGCUGAUAAUUUGAGGAUCUUAAGAAGAGAUGCUAUAAUAAUUGAAAAUUUCUCAGGACAAGCAAACUGCAUGUUUAGUGAAUAUCUAGUGAUGUUUUCAUUUAUACUUAAAGACUGCUUUAAAAGACAAUAAACUUUGAUGAUGUAGAAGAGAGAGAAACAAUUAACAUCAGACUCUGAUAUAUAGUGUAUUAAUGUCAACCAGUAAGACAUCUGUUCAAAGGCAGUUGUUUUUUUUAUUACUACUUGAAGUAUAAGGAUGUGAGAAAAAGGAUCUUUCAACAAUUAAUGUCCUGUUAAUGAUAUUAACACACACUUUCAUCACAAAGUUCUCAUUUAACGCACAAACCUUUUAUGUGGACUGUAUGCGCACUUUCAAUGAACUGUUUUAUCUUUAUAUCUCAGUUGUUCACAGUAUUUUUGCAUCAAAUGAUCCUCGUUUCUUAACUUUUCUUGAAGCUUACCUCCUCCCACUUUCUGUCAUUUUCUAUGUCAUUAUUAUCACUGCUGAUUAGCAGUUGCAAUACCAAUGUACCAAUGGUCAUUUGAUAGCAGAUAGGUAAUACAGACCAGGGGUUACAGUUUUGCUCAGAUACAUCAUGUAAUAAUUUGUCACAAGGCUACUUUUUGUAUGCCAUAUUCACAAAAGGUCUUGAGGACAAUUAAGUAGUUCUGAAUGGAAGCUAAUUACCUCUCUCUCCCCACUUCUCAUGCCACCACCAUCCCGUCGUUUCCCUUAUCUCGAAUCUCCUCAAAGAAGCUCGAGCUGGAUCCACUCAUUCGAAUCUUGUAAUAAGACUUACAUAAAUGAGUUUUUAAAACACCCAGCAAGCCCAUACAUGUAGUACCACAGUGCCAGCUGUCUUUGAAGUUGUGAAAUGUAUAUAGUAGUGUGUGUGGGGGGGGGAGGCUGGCAAUGGGGGGAUGGUCGCUGGCUGGGUGCCAACCCAGUGAAACAAUGGACGGGCGGCGUGGGAGCAAGUUGAAACAAUAGGUGGGUGACGAUCGAGUGAUCGCCGAUCGGGGGUAAAACGGACGACAGGCCGCCUUGAUUGAUGGACACGGUCACGACCCAGAGUUGUGGGCGAAGUUAGUGAUAUAUCGCAGUCACCACUUCAUAGGUGCGGGUGUUGAUUGAAAGACCGGUAUACACUCGGCCAUCAAAAUAACAGUUGUUUCCUCUGCCAUCAACGGGACACCGGUGCUGAAUGGUCGCGGCAGUCAGAGGCUGAUGUGGCCGACCACAAGAAAUUAUCAAUUUUAAACACGCUCAUGAUAGGGCACACGUACACCAUUCCACUUGAGGCGCAUCUACUGAAUAAUGCUUGUCGUUUGAUUAUCUCACCGGCCUGUUGGUAACCUGCUUAAUUGCCUGUUACUCUUAGUGAUAUAUUUUUCAUGUUGUUAGUGCAACUGAUGGACAUGGAUAUGACUGUUUUUCGCAUCAAGAUGGUCGUUAUAGAGUUUUAAGUGUUGACUAAUAUUAAGAUGGUAUAUUUAUCCCACGACUUUCGCAAAAAUAAAAGAGAAAGCUGUGAUUCAGUUCAUAACAGGUUUUUAUUUCAUGAUUGCAUGGAGGCAUGUGAUAUCGCUGAAUCUGACCCAGGGAGAGCAGGGUGUCUGUCCUCCAAAAGUGCAUGAGAAUAAAUGUCAGAGUAAUCUGAUCAGUAAUCUGAUUAUGUAACUGAUGGUCAUUAAUAUAGAAGUUAUUUUUAUUUAAGGCAAGGGGAAACAAGGAACUGGAUAUUCAAACAUUAUCUUAUAUCUUUAACAUUUCAUUGAGAGGAUUAUAUAAUGCUUUGCCGCUUUAUUACAUAAGAAGUAUUCUGGAGAUUUGUUUACUUUUACAGUUCUUUUCUGAAAAGUCUGGUCUGUUAAUUUUUACGGAAGGAUAUUACUCGGCGGAUUGUUUUUGGGAAACAUGCCUCUCGUUACUGAGAAAUGCUUUUCACGGUCUACAAAACCGGUAAACAAAGUUGAACAGCAAGCCUUUGUUGUUAUCUGAGAGCACCAAAACAUGUUUUUACACACAGUCGGGGACAAUCAAACACAAACGACUUCUCCGUCAGUGUGUGAAAGGUCGGAUUGACUCUGCACGGACUUCCCAUAAAAGUCUUCACGUAAAACUGUUUAAUGGCAGCAACACAAAAUAAAGCAGACCACAAGAAGUCGGCGCGAUGACCGAAUAAAGAAGUUUUGUGUCGAUGUUGACAUCUUCCUUGAAGACAGUUAUGGAUAUGAACGGAGAAGGAAGAGGAUAUGCGCCCUCCAGUUCAUAUCUCAUUUCACGCACGCACGCACCGGACACAACCAGUCCCCUCACUCAGCCACCACCAUUAACACACAC